GCUUCUCACUCGACAAGCCUUUCCAGAGCCGAUUGCCGUGCUUCUCGGCUCCCAUGUACUGAGCAGCCAAGCAAACAGUUCGGGGCCAGCAUUGUGGCACGCCAAGUCCUUUCGUGUGCUUCCCACGCACCGUGGCUCAGCGCACCCAAAUCCGCUCACCAACCUAUACUUCAGGCCUAGGCCUUGAAUACCAUACCCGCUAUAUCAUAUGCCGAGCCUGAACUUCCUCAAGAAGAAACGGACGAGGGAGGACAAAAGCGAUCCCUCCUCGAGCCAACCAACAAGCCCUGUCACGCCGACUACCUCGAGACCCUUUGAGUCCGGCUCGGCCACGUCCACGCCCGCAGAUCAGCGAAACCCCAGUUCAAACUCGCAGCAGGCGCGACAGUCAGUUGUUAGCAACAAGGACACGACAGCCUCGGCUGGCUCAGGAUCACAAAUGAACACCCAAGUGAUGCCUGCGCCGCAGGCGCAACCACCUUAUGGUGUCCAGCCCACGCCAAGCCCGGGGACAACGGGUGGUCCGCAUAACCUUCCGAGCAUCAACAACCUCAUCCACAAUUCUCAGCCAGAUGGCAAUGGCGUUUCGCAACAAUAUCACCAGCAGCAGCAGCAUCAAUCGCAACCUCAGCAGGCACAACCGCCACAGCAGCAACAUCAACAGCAACAGAUGCAACAGUCGACAGCCCGUGUGACCAAGGGUAAAUAUUCCUUGGGCGACUUCGACAUGUUACGGACAUUGGGAACUGGUAGUUUCGGGCGUGUUCAUCUUGUACAGUCGAAGCACAACUCGCGGUUCUAUGCUGUCAAGGUGCUAAAGAAGGCCAAAAUCGUCAAGAUGAAGCAAGUCGAGCACACCAACGACGAGAGGCGUAUGUUGGGCGAAGUCAAGCACACAUUUCUCAUCACACUCUGGGGGACAUUCCAGGACUCGAAGAACUUGUACAUGGUCAUGGAUUUCGUUGAAGGUGGAGAGCUCUUCUCUCUGCUCAGAAAGUCUGGCCGCUUCCCUAACCCUGUCGCCAAGUUCUACGCCGCAGAGGUGACACUGGCCUUGGAGUAUCUCCAUGCGAAGAACAUCAUCUACCGCGAUCUGAAGCCAGAGAACUUGCUGUUGGACCGCCAUGGACACCUGAAGAUAACAGAUUUCGGAUUUGCCAAGCUGGUCCCAGACAAGACCUGGACGCUCUGCGGAACGCCGGAUUACCUGGCACCAGAGGUGGUCAGCAACAAGGGCUACAACAAGUCUGUUGACUGGUGGUCACUUGGUGUUCUGAUCUACGAGAUGUUGUGUGGAUACACGCCCUUCUGGGACAACUCAUCUCAGAUGAAGAUAUACGAGAACAUUUUACGUGGCGAGGUCAAGUACCCCGCCUAUGUCAAUCCCGAUGCGCAGAACCUGCUGGAGCGAUUGAUCACUCCUGACCUCACCAAGCGGCUGGGCAAUCUGUACGGCGGGCCGGCAGAUGUCAAGAACCACCCCUGGUUUGCCGAAGUCACGUGGGAGCGGCUAUCUCGGAAGGACAUUGAUGCGCCAUACUCACCACCGGUAGAGCCGGGUACUGGUGAUGCCAGUCAAUUCGACCGAUAUCCCGAGGAGACUGAGAAGUACGGAGCGACAGGAAGGGAUGACCAUGGCCACCUGUUCCCAGACUUCUGAGCAGCUUUGGACGUAGAGUGCUCACCUGGGAAAGGUCACGUGAAGGCACCACGGCCGACAAG